AACAUACGAAGCGUUCCACAUUCUCGUUCGAAAAGAGGUGCUGCUCUGAGCGUAUCGUGCCGAAAGACUUGACACUGAAAGACUCUUUUGGAUUCUCAUCAACUAAGAACGUCUACUUCAUCAGGCAUCAGCAAAAAUCAGGCUUCCAUCAACAUGGCUUUUCGUUACCUAUGGUUGGCAAUCGCCUGCACGGCUCUAUCGCCUUCUGUUGCGAGUAUGCUUCCAGAAUCAGCGUGCGACUUCACUGGUAUGGACGUGGAAGGUGCUAUUGCGAGACUGAUCGCCAAGCUUCCCGAUGACGUAGUCAUUGGUCCCGAAGAAUAUUACCCUGUCUUUGCUGGCCUUGAAAUAAGAGCUUUCAAUGCGAGUGGAUUCCGCAAGCUGCAACAGUAUGGGCCUGCGAUCCCGUACUGCGUCAACGGCACCCGCAAGGUGCAAGUAGAGUUCAUCAACAUAGGCGAUGUCGUGCUCGCAAUGCCCUGGAGACACUGUUCUGGACUAGAAGGCACAUUUAGUCUACGUUCAAUGCUAUCUCGUUUCACGAUGCAGUUCCACAUUGGACUCAGUGAGAGACAUAACGACAUCAAGCUGUCUUACCGGGGCCCUGCUGUUCCUUUGACAACCGAGAACAUCCAGAUCAACGUGGAUGGCGCCGGGCCAAACGCAAGAACAGUGGCCCGAAUCCUCGCCAUGGUGUUUCCCGGAGUAACUAGGGAGUUAUGGAAUGAGCAGUUCUUUUACCCACUAAGCCGUGCUUUUGAUCAAGCCUUUAAUUAGAUUUGUACUAACGUAUGCCGGCUGCACGACGCCAUAAUUUUAUGACCCGUAGCAGGUUACAGCUGAUGCGGCGGGAACACAAGAUGGCCUCGCCGAAAAAAGUUACAAGGAAAUGUACCUAUCGCCAGAUCGCACACGUAAUAAAUCACUGAAUGUAUCGAA